AUGGAGCGCGUUGUUGAAUCCAUUGAGGUUCCUUGUUGCUUCGCCGAGAACGGAUGCACCCAGAAGAUCGCCUACUUCAACAAAAAAAAGUACAAGAAGGCGUGCCGACACGGGCCAUGCUUCUGCCCGGAGCCCGGCUGUGGCUUCUCAGGGCCGGCGGCAACGCUGCCAGACCAUUUCACCGACUGCCACAAGUGGCCAAAUACGGCGUUCAAGUACUUCGCGCAGUUCGGCCUCCGCCUCCAGCCGGGCCCGCACGUCCUCCGUGCCCAGGACGGCACCGUCUUCCUCAUGAACGUGGUGGCAGCGGAACCCCUCGGGCACGCCAUCUCCCUCGUCUGCGUCCGGCCGGAGGCCACGGACUCCCCGUUCGGCUGCUCUGUGGUGUUCUCGUGUUUCACAGGCCACCAUCAGAUCUCGACGCUGGCCGUCGUGAGGUGCUCGUCGCUAGUUGAUGGUCUGCCAAAGGACGGCUUCUGCGUCGUGCCCAAGGCAUCUGGGGGUACCCAUGUCGUGCUCCAGACCACCAUAGAUACCGAGCUGGUGUACGAUGUCGAGGACUAG